AUACUUUUUUACUUUAUUAUAAUACUACAUCACAAUACAAAAGAAAUUCUAGGUAUUCAUUUACCCGUCGAUAUCUGUCGAUCAAAAAUGUUCUCUUCAGUAGCUCACAUCUGAAACAACAACAAAUACAUUAACUAAACGAUCAAAUAAUAUAUCCCUAUUCAACAAAAAGAAAAAUCAAACGAAUGAAUCACCACAAUCAAACCCUACAUGAUCGUGCGUUUGUGUUUGUAUGAAAGCACCCAGUCAAGCAGAAAACUUUAGGGUUCCACCUGCACCGCUUUUACACUCCUCAUCCUCAUACCCAUGUCAACAUCGCCUACAAUAACAACAACACCACCCACAGUGACACAUUGUACACCUUAAAACUCGGAGGAAAAGCGCCUUUCCUUCUCCAAUCCGAUACGAAAAGGAAAGCCGAAAUAAUCGAUAUCGGGAAGGACGGCGCACGAACGAAAAUUUCCACUCAACACACACACAUCAGUAAGAAAAAUAUCGAGCUGAAAGACAGUUCGAAGAUGCUUGUCAACGACUGCAAAAACGCGAGGUAGAUCGAUGGACAAAUUCGCGAUGAAUACGAUUUAAUUUCGCCGAUGCGACAACAUGAAUCGGUACACGAUUCUCCAUCAAUUAGGCGACGGUACUUACGGUUCCGUGGUACUCGGCCAGAGGAAAGACACCGGCGAAAAGGUGGCCAUCAAGAGGAUGAAGAGGAAGUACUAUUCUUGGGACGAAGCCAUGAACCUUAGGGAAGUUAAGUCUUUGAAAAAACUCCACCAUUCGAACGUAGUGAAAUUGAAAGAGGUCAUCAGAGAGAACGAUAUCUUAUACUUCGUUUUCGAAUACAUGCAGGAAAAUUUGUACCAACUCAUCAAAGACCGAAGAGUGCCUUUUCCCGAAUCAGUAGUUAGGAAUAUCAUUUAUCAGGUGUUACAAGGGCUGGCGUUCAUCCACAGGCAUGGCUUUUUCCACCGCGACCUCAAGCCGGAGAACAUCCUCUGUUCGGGCACCGAGACGGUGAAAAUCGCCGAUUUCGGGCUGGUGCGCGAGAUCAGAUCGCGACCGCCCUACACCGAUUACGUGUCCACCAGGUGGUACAGGGCGCCCGAGGUGCUGCUGCACUCCACCACCUACAGCAGCCCCAUCGACCUGUGGGCGCUCGGCUGCAUAGCCGCCGAGGUCUACACCUACAGGCCCCUCUUUCCCGGCUCCACCGAAACGGACCAACUUUACAAAAUAUGCGCUCUGAGAGGCACUCCCGACGAGGAUAAAUGGCCGGAGAGUUACCAAUUGGCCGGAGCGUUAGGUUUUAAAUUUCCGUAUUUCGCCAAAACUCCACUCACCGAUGUGGUACCGCAAGCCGGACAAAACGGGAUUAAUUUGAUCGAAGAACUGCUCGAAUGGAAUCCGGUACACCGACCGACGGCUCAAGGAGCUCUCAAACAUCCAUACUUUCAGGUUGGCCAGUUCAGCGGUCUCCAAUCGAAUCGCCAAAUCCAAGCGAACAGUGCCUUACAAAACCACGCCAACGGAAUGCUGCAAAAGGUGACCACCCUAGAGGACGAAGCCCAGCUGUUCUCGAAUCCCCAGUCCCAGAUGCAAAUCCAAGCGACCGGCCGGUCGUUGAUCAAGCGCGUCAACGGCAAUUCGAACGGGAACGUGGCGCCGGCCAUGCAACCAUCGGUGCAGAUCAACAUCCAAUCGCUGAUCAAGCCGAUGGAGGACAAGCAGAGGAUGCAGCAGGCGCCCAUCGUGUACAGCUUCGGGCAGUCGGAUUACGGCAGUAAAUACUUGCCGUCGGUGUUCGGGAAUAUGACCAACAUGAACGCCAGAGGUAUGAUGGUGCCCAAUAAGAAGAUCACCUGGGGGAUGGAGACGAAUUUCGAGUACGAGGACGAUUUCGCCGAUAUCUUAGGAAGCAAAAUAAAAAUGCCGCAAUCGGAUAAAAAGAAGGACGCCAACAAAGUAAAUUUGAGCCAGUUCAACCUGCAAGACAUUCUCGAACCGUUGGCGAAGGCAAGCGCAGGAACCAUCAGGAAUCAGUACAUCAACGUGCCCAGGUACUUGAACGGACAACAUCCCGGCAGAAGAGACUCGAACGUUAGCUUGUUUUCCAACGGCGGCGUUCAAACCAAACAAAAUAAUAAACUGGAUAUGCAACCGACUUGGACGGAUUUCGGCGAUUUGAGUUCGGCGAAGCGGCGAUUUGGAAAUUUAAAACUCUCGAACGCGAACGGUUUCGAUCUGACGGCCAAGUGAUGAGAUACGGCGGAUCGCAUUCGAACAAAUUUCUACGGGGGACUCGUUAAAACUGUGAUAGUCGUUAUUUUUUCUACAUGCUAAUUAGAUGUCACGUAUAUUCAUGUUCGAUAAAAUAGUUAACGAAUCUUACACUAAAUAAAUUAAAUACGUUUAUGCGGGCGCGCUGUUUUUUACCUGUUAAAUGGAUGAAUGUUAAUGGACGCAUCUACUGGAGCUCGAACUGGCAGUGUGCGAUCGUCUCGUUUUCGAUUUGGUGUUCAAUUUCGCUUCGAGGUAGUCGAUUUUUUGGUGGAGUUGAAAGUUUUCGUAUAACAGCCCGUUAUUUUUUCUUA